UCUCUCCCAGUUGCCCAGCGGUACAGUUGGGUCUCAACACCUCCAUCAAGACCACAAGAUAACCAAACAGUCAACCAGCCAUGAGCAAGUCUUAUUCCUCUUCGGCCCAGACGGCCUCCUCGUACCGUCGCACCUUCGGCUCUGGCAUCGGGGCAACCCCAAUGUCCUCCGUCUUCUCAUCUGGAGGCGGUGGCCGCAGCUCGUCUGCAAGCCGCAUGUCUUCCAGAGUCUAUGAAGUUAGGAACAACGCGAGUCCCUCCUAUUCUUACCGGGUGUCCUCUCGUGCUGGGGGAGCAGGGAUUGGCUCCUCUUCAGCCAUGCGUAACUAUUCUGGCGAGAAACUCGACUUCAACCUGGCCGAUGCCAUGAACCAGGACUUCCUCAACACAAGGACCAACGAGAAGGCCGAGCUUCAGCACCUUAACGAUCGCUUCGCCAGCUACAUCGAGAAGGUGCGUUUCCUGGAGCAGCAGAAUGCAGUCCUGACGGUGGAGAUUGAGACGCUGAAGGGCCGCGAGGGGCCCGGUCGCGUGGCUGAGAUAUAUGAGGAGGAAAUGAGGGAGCUGAGGAGGCAGAUUGAGCUCCUCUCCAACCAGCGCGCCCGCGUGGAGGUUGACAGAGACAACCUGGCUGAUGACCUGCAGAAGCUGAAGCACAGACUGCAGGAGGAGAUCCACCAGAAGGAAGAGGCUGAGAACAACCUUUCUGCCUUCAGAGCCGAUGUUGACAAUGCCACUCUGGCUAGGCUGGACCUGGAGAGACGCAUUGAGAGCCUGCAAGAGGAGAUUGCCUUCCUCAAGAAGAUUCAUGAAGAGGAGAUCCGUGAGCUGCAGGGCCAGAUGCAGGAAACACAGGUGCAGGUCCAGAUGGACAUGUCCAAACCCGAUCUGACUUCUGCUCUGAGGGACAUCCGUGUGCAGUAUGAGGGCAUCGCCGCCAAUAACAUCGCAGAGGCUGAAGAAUGGUACAAGUCUAAGGUGUCUGAUCUGAACCAGGCUGUGAACAAGAACAAUGAUGUGCUGCGUCAGUCCAAGCAGGAGUCUAUGGAGUACAGGCACCAGAUACAGUCCUUCACCUGUGAGAUUGACUCACUCAAGGGCACCAACGAGUCUCUGCUGCGCCAGAUGAGAGACAUGGAGGACCGCAUGACCCUCGAGGCUUCUGGUUACCAGGAUAGUGUCACACGGCUGGAGGAGGACAUUACUAAGAUGAAGGAUGAUAUGGCUCGUCACCUGAGAGAGUACCAGGACCUCCUCAAUGUGAAGAUGGCCCUUGAUAUUGAAAUCGCCACCUACCGCAAACUGCUGGAGGGAGAGGAGAGCAGGAUCACGACCAUCCGGCCUGCCCAGUCUGCUUAUUCCUCUAUUGGAUUUAGAGAGACCAGUCCUGAGUCCCAGCAUCAGCGCUCCUCAGAGGUUCACUCCAAGAAGACGGUUCUCAUCAAGACCAUCGAGACCCGCGAUGGAGAGAUGAAGUAUUCUAUGAGCCAGGGCGCAAGUGCCCAGUCUGUUGUCAGCGAGUCCACACAACAUCAGCAAGACAUCAUGUAAACCGGACGAGGCAACGUUAGAAGAUAUAUCACCAAUUAAUACCAAAUAGUAACUAAAUGGAUAUUUUCCUACCAUGAUUCAUAAGCUGAGCCUAUUUUUAGAGACAGAGCGCUGAUUUUAGGCAGAUUUAAUUGUAAAGAGAAAAUUAUAUGAGCAAGUCCAACCUUGCCUGGAUUUAAAAUAGGGUCAUUCCAAGAUGUAUUGCUAUAUUCAUGUUACUUUCCUUCAAAAACACCUGAGGUAUAUCUUUGUCUGCAACAAUAUUUCAACUUGAAGAAUAGAGUUAAAUGAACAACAAGGCUUUGCCUAGGCCCAGUAUCCACAGGGAGGUUUCACGGUGCACGGCAGAAAGUUUACUUUUCACUGCACAUAUUCCAAGUCUUUCUGUGCAAAUGUACAUAUGUAUAACUUGAUUAGGAAAGGCUUUUAUUUGUGUAACUGAUUAAAGGAAAGUGAAAUGUUGUGUCUGAAACAUAAACAUCUGAUGAAAAAGGAACUCAGUCAUGUUUGAAGUUUGAGCUCAAAAGCAUGCGCCGGGUGUUUGAUUGUAUGAGAAUAGGUGACCAUGUUACGCUGCUUCCCUGUGGCCUGAAACUCAAAUAAAGACAUUUGUUAUCACCAUU